ACCUGAAGCUUAUGAAACAGGGUAGACGCAUUUCGUUAUAAAACAUUACUUUGGGUUAUAAAUAAACAAACCUGAUGAAAGGUAGUACACGUGACUCAGCAAUUAUAGUAUAGGCUAUUGGAUGCUUAUUUUAUGACAUUUACAUUGUUACGGGUGUUUCUGAUUUGUUAAGCAUUUUCUUUUGCACGGAUUUUCAACAGCUCCUGUUUGACCUGUCGUUUUAUCAGGCAUUUCCUGUGGCUGUAAAUCUUAAGAUCAUGGCGGUUGAACCAGGGGAUGUCGAUUUUGUAAGCAAGUUGGAUGAAGCGAGCAAGAAGAAAGCGAAAGAAGAACUGAAUGAAAUCAAUGACAAAGAUCGCGAGAUGGCCGUGCAGGCUUUCAGAGAGUGGAUCCUGCAACAGAAAUGGCUAAGAACCCCGACAGACUUUGCGUUUCUGCUACGAUUCCUGCGGGCGCGAAAGUUCAGCCAACUCGGUGCGCGACAGACCAUCGAAAACUACUGGCGUGUGAAAACAAAAUCCCCGACCUGGUUUAAAGAUGUGGACCCCACGGAAAAGAAAAUCGUUGAAAUUAUGAAGACAGGAUUUUAUGUCAUUCCAAAGACUACAGAUAAAUAUGGAAGAAGAGUUAUAGUUGAACGAUUGGGCAACCUAGACAUGAACAAAGUGAAGAAGAAGUGGGGGGUUGAGAAUAUAUUCAGAACCAUCUGUCUCAUCUGUGACUGGGUCAACAGGGACGAAAAUGUGCAGGUGAACGGGAUCAUAGUUUUCAUCGACAAUACGGAUGUCACAAUGGGCCACUUCAUGAAUAUGAUGGGAACUGAGAAUGGCAAGAAAAUCAUGGAGUUUUACCAGAACUCGCUGCCUGCCAGAAUGAAAGGCCUGCAUAUGUACAACGAGCCAACGUUCUUCGAUGCUGUGUACGCCCUGUUCAGCCCGCUCAUGAAGCAGAAAACGAAAGACAGGAUGCACAUGCACGGACGAAGCCUGACGAAGGUUUAUGAAGAGCUUGGGAUGGAAUGUUUCCCCGAUGAAUAUCUUCCAGACGACUACAAGGGGCCUUCCGCGGGGUCCACGCAACAGCUCGUCGAUACAAUGAUAUCAGAAAUUCAGUCUCCAGAUUUCACGAGCUACAUCAAGAACCUUUCCAGCGACAAGUACGGAGUGGAUAUUGCCAAACUGAAAGAGAACGACGCACCUGUGGCCUCAUUUAGGAAACUCAAUGUAGACUAGAAAAGACAAUUGUGUACACUUACAGUCGCGUUGUACAUAUACAAGUCACAUCUUCUUUAAAUAUAAAGAUUGUUCUCUUGCCUGACGAUUGACAAUUUUGUUAAAGUAAUGAAAUAAGUCAUCCCGUUAUCUUAAUGCAGGGGUUUGUUAUAUUGAACAUCCCCAGACUCAUAUAUAUUCAUUGUUUGUCCUGGUCACCCAUUUUGUUUAAACAAGUGGAACAGCGGGCCUCAUUUUCAUAAGAAAUAUGUACAUUAAUCACUGCCUCUGAAUCUGUUUUGUUGUUGUUCCGUUCUUGUUCUUUUGCUCAGGACUAAAAUAUGAGGAACGCAUUCAAGCAGAUUUAAAAAUGAAAAUGUUUUGUGAAAAAAACACUUAAUGUGUAAAUGCUGAACAUUCACAUGUGGUGGCCAGUGCAAGAGUGCAAGCGUAAUGCUCAGAAAGCGUUCAAGAUAGCCGUGUACAGUCAUAUUUGAAUCACUUUUGAUUAAUAAAAACAGAUCACAAAAUGUAUGUCCGUGUUAGGCCCUUGGCAUGUAUGCCUAUGGUUUCAUUUUGGCCAAAAUCCGUCAAACGGAAAACUUUAAAAA